AUGGGACAGACUGUCACCACCCCCCUGAGCCUCACGCUUAACCAGUGGUCAGACGUGAAGACACGAGCCAACAAUGAGGGAACCUUUAACCUCAGUCUUAUUUCACAGGUGGAGGGAAAAGUUUUCGCUCCGAGUCCCCAUGGCCACCCGGAGCAGGUCCCAUACAUCGCCGUAUGGAGACUCCUGGCGACAGAACCCCCUCCAUGGGUUAGGCCGUUUCUCUCCCCUCCAGCCCCCCCGGCAGCAGCAGCACUCGCCGAAUCCCGGGGCCGAGGAAGCCGGGUUUGGGACCGCCCCCUGGCCGGCGACCGGCCACUGCCAGGCGCACUUCCACCGUGGCGGUGCGCCGCGACCGGCUCCGGGACGGCUGGGAAGGCCCGGUUUGGGGAAGGUGGCUCGGGAGGGGCGGCGCCACCUAUGGGCGCCGAGCCACCCCGCCACGAGUGUUACAGCCCCUCCACAGCAUCACCACUCCCUCUCACCCCUCCUACCUCCUCCCUUUACCCUGUUCUCCCACGAAAGGAUCCCCCUAAGAGGACCCACCGCCAUACCCGGGGAAUCAGGCGCCGGAGGGACCGGCGGCCCCUGCAGCAGCGCCGGAGGGACCGGCAGUCCCCUGCAGCAGCCCCCGAACAGCCUCUACAGAGAGAGCAGGAGGAUGAGGCUCUGGCUCCCUCCCCAAUUGCCGGUCGCCUAGGAGGAAGGCGCGACGAACCAGCUAAAGAAUCCAGGGCCUUCCCCCUUCAGGAGGGCCCUAAUCACCAGCUCCAAUACUGGCCAUUUUUGGCCUCUGAUCUUUACAACUGGAAGCAGGUUCCAGGAGACGAUGGAAGACCCACCCAAUUGCCUAAUAUCAUUGAUGCAGCCUUUCCCCUCACCCGCCCGAACUGGGACUUCGCGACCCCAGAAGGUAGGGAGCACCUACGUCUCUAUCGCCAGUUGCUCUUGGCGGGUCUCCGAGGGGCUGCUAGACGCCCUACCAAUUUGGCUCAGGUUAGGAAUGUGAUCCAGGGAAAGGAGGAGAUGCCGGCAGCGUUCUUGGAAAGACUUAGAGAGGCUUAUAGGAUGUAUACCCCGUACGAUCCGGAAGAUCCAGGACAGGCGCCGGGUGUCAUCUUGUCUUUCAUCUAUCAGUCAAGUCCAGAUAUAAGUGCCAAGUUACAGAGACUAGAAAGAUUGCAUUCAUUCAGUUUGUCAGAUUUAUUGAGAGAGGCAGAGAAAGUGUUUAAUAAGAGAGAAACUCCCGAAGAGCGGGAGGAGAGGAUGUGGCAGAGGCGAGAAGAGAGAGAUAAAAAACGUCAUAGGGAAAUAAGUAAAGUCCUGGCCACUGUAAUGUCUCAGGGACAGGUCAGAGAGGGAGUUAGGACAGGAGAUCAAAGAAGGACACCGCUUGACAAAGACCAGUGUGCUUACUGUAAAGAGAGAGGACAUUGGGCUCGUGACUGAUCAAAGAAGCCUCAAGGGUCUCGGAGAACUAAGCCAAGGGCCACGGACCUCCUCAAUCUGGAGGAUUAGGGAGGUCAAGGCCAGGAGCCCCCUGAGCCUAGGAUAACUCUCAAGAUUGGGGGGCAGCAAGUGACCUUCCUAGUGGACACCGGGGCUCAACAUUCAGUCCUGACCCAUACCGGAGGCUCUCUCAGUGACCGCACAGCUUUGGUCCAGGGGGCCACAGGUAGCAGGAGGUAUCGAUGGACCACCGAGAGAAAGGUGCAGCUGGCAUCUGGACAGGUAACCCUUUUUUUGCAUAUACCCGAUUUCAUUUACCUGGGUUACACCUUAGAGGGAGGACAGAGAUGGCUCACGAAAGCAAGAAAGGAGGCCAUACUCUCCAUACCCCCUCCAGGGAACCCCCGCCAGGUGUGGGAGUUUCUAGGUACUGCCGGCUACUGCCGCCUCUGGAUCCCAGGUUUUGCCGAGAUGGCUGGCCCUCUGUAUCCUCUCACCAAGCCCGGGAUCAUGUUCCACUGGGGAGAGGAGCAACAACAGGCCUUUCAACGAAUUAAGAGAACCUUGCUUGAGUCACCAGCUCUUGGCCUACCAGAUCUGACUAAGCCCUUUGAACUGUUCGUGGACGAGAACUCAGGCUUUGCAAAAGGAGUGCUGGUACAGAGACUGGGGCCAUGGAAGAGACCUGUAGCUUAUCUAUCCAAGAAAUUAGACCCGGUAGCUGCAGGAUGGCCCCCCUGUCUGCGCAUGGUAGCUGCCAUUGCUGUUUUGCUCAAGGAUGCAGGGAAACUGACUUUGGGACAGCCAUUAACUGUGUUAUCCUCCCAUGCGGUGGAAGCUCUGGUCCGACAGCCCCCAGAUAGAUGGCUCUCAAAUUUCAGGAUGACCCACUACCAGGCUCUGUUGUUAGACACAGACUGAGUGGUGUUCGGACCAGUUGUCUCCCUCAAUCCUGCAACCCUGCUGCCCUUGCCAGACCCAUCCGAGGAGCACAAUUGCCUCCAGAUUCUGGCGGAGGCCCAUGGCACCCGCUCCGACCUAACAGAUCAACCGCUGUCGAACCCAGAUUUUAUCUGGUUCAUGGAUGGGAGCAGCUUCCUCCAAGAAGGAGAACAGAGGGCCGGAGCAGCCGUCACCACCGAAUCAGAGGUACUUUGGGCCUCACCACUGCCGCCUGGAACAUCGGCCCAAAGAGCAGAGCUGAUCACGCUGACCCAGGCCUUCCGGAUGGUGGAAGGUCCUCCUACAGGUGACUUCCAGCUGCCCUGCUUGUGCCCAAGUUAA